AUGGGAUAUUCCUGGUACCAGGAUGGACACUGGAUACCUGGGGAUCAGCAGAGAUACAGAAUCCAACGUGUUACUGUGUCAGACAAUGGGGAUUACCAAUGCCAGGCUGGUGCCAAUAAGAGAAGUGACCAGUUUAAAAUGGAUGUUAGAACAGGCUGGCUCCUCCUGCAGGCGCCCCCUUAUGUCCAUGAAGGAGACUCGCUGUCUCUCAGGUGUCACAGUGGCUCUGACAAUGAUGGGAGAAACAUUGCUUUUUAUAAGGACAAUAAGACCAUUCAGUUGCCAGUCACUGGUUCUGCCUUGCAGGUUGGCAUAGUGAAUGUUAAGGCAUCUGGGACAUACAGAUGUGAAAAAGAAAUAUAUUCUCAUUAUGGGUAUCGUAUGCUCACAGCUUCAGAACCAGUUGCAGUCUCAGAGUUGUUCUCUGCGCCACAAUUACGAGUGACUUCAUAUUCAAUAACAGAAGGAGAUCACAUGACCAUAACAUGUGACACAAAGCUCAGCCCACACAGAGAGACUACAGAGUUACAGUUUGUUUUCUACAGAAAUGGGCACAAUGUGCAGGGAUUCAGUUUAUCCAACCAAUAUGGAGUCCCCUCAGCUCAGCUGGAGGAUUCUGGGAAUUAUACCUGUGAGGUACAAACUUCAACCGGCAGUGUGAGGAAGAGGAGCAGUGAGGAACAUAUCCACAUACAGGAGCUCUUCCCUUACCCACUAAUAAAAGUGAGCUCAGAUCAGGUGACAGAAGGAGAUCACAUGACCAUAACAUGUGACACAAAGCUCAGCCUACACAGAGAGACUACAGAGCUACAGUUUGUUUUCUACAGAAAUGGGCACAAUGUGCAGGGAUUCAGUUUAUCCAACCAAUAUGGAGUCCCCUCAGCUCAGCUGGAGGAUUCUGGGAAUUAUACCUGUGAGGUUCAAACUCCAACUGGCAGUGUGAGGAAGAGGAGUAACAUGACACAUAUUCAGAUCCAGGGUGAGAAAAAGAAACAUGAUGCGCUUGGCCAACACGAGUACCUACCUCUGCUCAAUUUCACAAGAUUGAUAUUGUCUUUCUUCUUAUUCACGUGGACAGUGUGCCUGCUCUUUUACCAUAUGAAGCAUAGAAAGACAUACAGUAAAGGAGGAAAGAUACAGGACAUCACUUAACUUUGUAUUGGGUAACUAACUUGUUAACAGGUAGUUAAAACAUGGUUAUUUGACUAUAUUAAUGAAUAGGAGUAUUUGUACUAGAGUUAUCAUUACAUCUUGGUAUCUCAAUGAUCUACCAGCUGACAGUUCUAGAAUUUCUAUGUUUUCUCAAAUAUUUACCCCCCCAAAUUUGUAAUAUAGAUAUGUAAAUAUUAAAAUAAAUGAUGCAUAAACUCAAUUUAUUACUUCACUUUAAUUAUAUUUUCUAA